UGGUCCUUUCUAUCCACGUGGCCCCAGGAUCGCCUGUGUCCGUGCUGAGGGGUGACAUCAGAGAGAGAAAUGCCCUCAAAAAUCAUCUUUGAAACCGAAGACCAAACUGUAGGGCAAGCUAUGGACACCGUGGAGGACGCCAAGACCUUAAAGAAAAUGAAAAAGGAGGAAAAAAAACUAAAGAAGAUGAAGGUCCAGGAAGAGAAUGAGUCAGACAACAACCCUCCAGAACCAAAAAAGAAGAAAAAAGACAAGCAAACCGCGGACCAAGUGAAUGGCAACAUUAAUUGUUCCACAGACGUAGAUGACAACAGUGUUGAAACGCCACUGAAAAAAAAAAAGAAACCAAAACCAGAGGAAACUAAAGAGAAAAAAAAGAAACAGAAGGAAUCUCCUGAUGUGGCAACAGAUGGCAGUUUUCCUCAGAUCAAUGGACAUUCCACCUCAAGCACCCCAACCCAAAUCCCCAUCGAGACCCCAUCACAAUCAAGUGAUGACUCAGCCAGUGAUGCUGAGAAAGACGUGGAAACACCAGAGCAGAAGGAAGGGGCCUUUUCCAACUUUAAUAUCUCCCAAGUCACCAUUGAUCGGCUAAAAGCCAGAGGAGUCUCUUACCUGUUUGACAUUCAGGUGAAGACAUUUAACCCAGUGUAUGAUGGAAAGGAUGUGAUUGGCCAGGCCAGAACAGGAACAGGAAAGACGUUCUCUUUUGCCAUCCCGCUGGUGGAGAAGCUCCAGAAAGAUUCAAUGGACCUGGCCAGAGGACGUGCUCCCAAGGUUUUGGUGUUGGCCCCGACCAGAGAGCUUGCUAUCCAGGUAGCGAAGGACUUCAAAGAUAUCGCCAAAAGACUGUUUAUUACCUGCUUCUAUGGAGGCAGCUCUUACAACCCACAGAUUGAUGCCAUCCGUAAUGGAAUUGAUAUUUUGGUGGGCACACCUGGUCGGAUUAGAGAUCACCUCCAGAACAAUAAACUGGACCUCUCCAAACUCAAGCACGUUGUUCUGGAUGAAGUGGACCAAAUGCUGGAUAUGGGUUUUGCAGAACAAGUGGAAGAAAUAUUGGCUACAUCGUAUAAGAAAGACUCUGACUUGAACCCUCAGACUCUGCUGUUUUCGGCCACAUGUCCCUCAUGGGUGUAUGAUGUAGCCAAGAAAUACAUGAGAACAGAUUACCAACAUGUUGACCUGAUUGGAAAGAAAACACAGAAAGCUGCAACAACUGUAGAGCAUCUUGCCAUAGCAUGCCAUUGGUCCCAGCGUGCUGCAGUAAUAGGUGAUGUGGUCCAGGUAUACAGUGGCAGCCAUGGCAGAAGCAUAGUUUUCUGUGAGACCAAGAAGGAGGCCAAUGAACUUUCCAUGAACACAUCCAUCAAACAGAGUGCCCAGUCCCUCCAUGGUGACAUCCCCCAGAAACAGAGAGAGUUGACACUGAAGGGCUUUAGAAAGGGGGCGUUCGAGGUUCUUGUAGCUACUAAUGUCGCAGCACGAGGGUUGGAUAUCCCUGAAGUAGACCUGGUGGUCCAGUGUUCUCCACCAAAGGAUGUGGAGUCGUACAUACAUCGCUCAGGACGUACAGGUCGAGCAGGCAGGACCGGAGUCUGUAUCUGUUUCUACCAGAGGAAAGAAGAGGAGCAGCUACGCUACGUAGAAAAUAAGGCGGGCAUUACGUUCAAACGAGUCGGUGUUCCCACGCCCAAUGAUAUCAUCAAGUCAUCCAGCAAAGAUGCUGUAAGGUUCCUGGACUCUGUCCCAGCCGCAGCAAUCGGUUAUUUCAAAGAGUCAGCUGAGAAACUAAUUGCAGAGAGAGGAGCUGUUGAUGCCCUAGCCGCUGCCUUGGCACAUAUAUCUGGAGCCACUGCUCUAGAACAGAGGUCACUGCUAAACUCUGACGCUGGUUACUCGACUAUACAGCUGGUUUGUUCCCAGGAAAUGCAUAACAUGGGUUAUGCCUGGAGGACCAUCAAAGAACAGCUUGGAGAAGAAAUUGAGAACCACAUACACAGAAUGACCUUCCUCAAAGGCAAAACUGGGGUUUGUUUUGAUGUUCCGGCCAACAAAGUUAAGGAAAUUAAGGAUGCCUGGAAUGAUUGCCGUCGUUGGCAACUGACUCUUGCCACGGAGCUUCCAGAGCUGGAGGAGAAGCCGCUCGGUAACUUUAGCGACAGAGGGGGAGGAUUCAGAGACAGAAGGGGGCGUGGCUUCGGCAGAGGUGGUCAUCGCGGAGGCUUCCGGGACGGCAGAAGAGGCUUUGGUAACAACAGAGGUGGAGGACAGAAACGAAGCUUUAGCCAAGCUUUCAGUUACUAAGCACCCCGCCUGUGCUCCUGAACCCUUCCUUUGGACUGAUGCCACUCUUGCAUCACCUCUUGGCUCGCAGUGUUUUUUUUUUUUUUUUAUUGGCUGUCAGUGUUUGCUGGAAUUAUUUUCCAGCUAAUUUCAGCUAUCAAAGGAGUUAAGUUCUUGAAACUGAGUAUUUAUUACUCAAACAUACACGUCCACAAAAUUACUACCUUUCAGUCCAUAAAAACAGCAGUGUGAAAAAAUUUGAAUCGGGCAUGUUAUGAAAGAAUUACAACCAUCAGUAAACAUUCUGGCCUAUAUCUGACCGGGACAAAUGACAUGAAAUCUGUUUCGAUUCCCUUCUCAAACCUGUUAGGGGGGGGAGCAUGUCUACACAACGAAAGGAUCAGCUUUCACAAUGCCACUUGUACCAGUUAAGGAUCAGCUUUUUUUUCUUAGUUUUAAACAGCCAUUUUUUUUUUUUUCAUGCAACACAUUAGUUGAACCCUGGUUAAUGAAUGACAUUUAUAAUGCUAGAACUUGACCCAAAUCGAGGCAUUGGCCAUGUGUUGGUCACAUCUUAAUAUAGAGGAUGCAAUCUGGUGCAGUUAUUGAAUCUAUGAUAAUUUUACCUUUAUUAUCCAUAUUCUAGUACUUACUGCUGUCUGAAAAAGUCAACAAAACAGGCUACGGGGUCUAGGUCCAGUGUUGAUGGAACAAAAAAUACUUGGGUGUUUGAGGAACGGUGUGUUUGCCGAUGAUCAUAGUUGAGGUUCCCUAAAAGUUUUUUUUUCUACCCCCAAAAACACAAACUGAAAACUUCAUCUUGAAGUUGGAAAGUACCAAAUUUGAGACACCAAGCAUUGUGUACUGCAUGCUUUCGGAGGGGUAAAGUGAAAACCGUGUUUUCACAUGGUUUGUCGAUGUGAUCGUCACCUUACCAUUUGCUACAACCCUCUUCCUAAAACGAUCAAAUGAUUGCUUUGCAAUUGUUUAUAUUUAAUACCUGUGUCUUUAUAAUGUAUCCAUUCAUUUGAAUGACAACUUGUUUAUUAAAAGUGGUCUGACUGAA